AUGUAUUUGGUGUUGGACCUGUUCUUUCUGAGUUCUGCAACUAGUCCAUGUCAUCCUCUGCCCUCAGCGUCCGAGCCUCCCACCAUCGUCCCAGAGCUGACCUGUACCACCGGUGAAGGCGAGGCGUACCGAGGCACAAUUGCUGUGACAGAGUCUGGCAAAACGUGCCAGAGCUGGUCAGCUCAGACUCCACACAAACACAACCGCAGCCCAGACAACUACCCCUGCAAAGGCCUUGAUAGCAACUACUGUCGAAACCCUGACAAUGAGAGGAUGCCCUGGUGUUACACCACUGACCCCGAGACUCGCUGGGAGUACUGCAAGGUGCCGAGCUGUGGGGAUGCACCCAGACCUGGUGACCCAGUGAUCCCGCCAGAGGAGGAAAACUGCUAUGAGGGCGAUGGCUCAAGCUAUCGUGGCAUAACAUCAGAGACCAUCAGUGGAAAGAAAUGUCAAGCCUGGAGCUCCAUGACUCCUCACACCCAUUCAAAAACACCACAGAAAUUCCCCAAUGCGGACCUCAGCAGAAAUUUGUGUAGAAACCCUGAUGGAGAUCGAGCUCCUUGGUGUUACACCACAGAUCCUAGUGUCCGCUGGGAGUACUGCAACUUGGAGAAAUGCCCCAUCAACUCAGGAGCAUCACCCACCUCAGCUCCUGUAGCCCAGGACCCCUCCUCCGUCACCCUGCCCUCAGAACAGAAAAACUGUAAGAUUGGAAAUGGGGACACAUACCGAGGUCCAACCUCCAUCACCACUCUGGGCGUGACCUGCCAGGCCUGGAGUGCUCAGACGCCUCACCAACACAACAGCUUCACUCCACAGAGUCACCCUGACAAGGGUCUGGAGGGCAAUAGCUGCAGAAACCCUGACAAUGAUCUCAAUGGACCGUGGUGCUACACUACUGACAGGAACAAGAAGUGGGACUACUGUAACAUCCCUGACUGUGCUGCACUGGAUUGUGGGACACCAGUCACCAAACCCAAGCGUUGCUUCGGUCGUAUUGUUGGAGGUUGUGUGUCCAAACCUUACUCAUGGCCCUGGCAAAUCAGUCUCCGGACCAACACGGGAAUCCAUUUCUGUGGAGGAACUCUGAUCCACCCACAAUGGGUCCUCACCGCUAAACACUGCCUGGAGAGGUCCAGGAUGCCUUCAGCCUACAUGGUGCUACUGGGCAUUUACAGAGAGCGAGCCAAUGAGCCAUCCAAACAGGUGAGGAGACUGGAGAAACUGGUGGUGGAGCCCACUGGAGCUGACAUUGCUCUGCUCAAACUGGACACCCCUGCACAAAUAAAUGACAAAGUCCUGCCAGCUUGUCUGCCAGAGAAGGACUACAUCGUCCCCAGUGGAACAGAGUGUUAUGUCACCGGAUGGGGCGAGACUCAAGGUACAGGAGGUGAGGGCGUUCUGAAGGAAGCCGGUUUCCCUGUGAUCGAGAACAAGAUCUGCAACCGUCCGUCCUACCUGAACGGCCGAGUCAAAGAGCACGAGAUGUGUGCUGGAACCAUCGAAGGAGGAACCGACAGCUGCCAGGGUGACAGCGGUGGCCCUCUGGUGUGUAAUGCCCAGAACAGGUUCACCAUACAGGGUGUCACUUCCUGGGGCUUGGGAUGCGCCAGUGCCAUGAAGCCUGGUGUCUACGCUCGAGUCUCCAAAUUUGUUGACUGGAUUGAGAGAACCAUCAAAGCCAAUUGAAAAUUAUCCACCUUUAGCAAAUGACUGCUCAGUUUGAAGGUGUUUGGUUUUCUGCAAGAGCUGAAAAAUAAAACAUAUGAAAACCCCAACUUCCAUGUUUUGUACAUGCAGAAUAUCACACAGUUGUUGUUGCUUCCUUCUUGUCAAGUCUGAGUUUUAAAG